AAACCGCAAGACAACCGGUAAGAUUGCGUUGUGUGUGCAGUGUCGAUUUUCCCGGCCCCGUUUUUUGUGUGUUUGAAGCUCAAAGCUGCUAGGACGGGUUAGUAGGUCGGUUUGAUUUGUGUAGUUUGAAACUUCCAAUCCCUUGUUGACGUAGGUUUUUGUUUUGUUUUGUUUAAUUCAGUGUUGAUAGUGUGAAUAUCGUUUGAUCUAGAGUGUGAAGAGUGUGUUUUGUAUAUCGUACGCUAAAAUGAAACGUCCAGUGAUGUCAAUACUGUCCAUGGUCUUGCUGCUAGUAGUGGGUCAGGUUGCUACAGAAGCCGAUUCAGGAUCGCAGGAACAAACCACCGUCACGGUACCUCCGACCAGUCCGAAUCCCACUGAGCCACUCCCUUUCGAUGAAACCACGGUGGAACGGUUCUUCACCGCCGUCAAAAGCCAACUACAAUGCGGUUAUCCAAUGUUUGGUGUCCCUUCGCUGGUACCAUUGAAACUAAGCUACACUCUCAAGACGUCGUUCGAUUUGCUUUCGCUGAAGAAGAUCAGUGUUGUGGCGUCGAACAUUACCGUGCACGGACUGAACGAGUUCAGCUGGGAUCCAUCACGGACACGGUUCACACGAACAGCCGCCACAGUACCACUUUCCUUCCCAAAUGUGACAGCAUUCGCGCACACCUCGUUGAACGGUGCCAACGGGACGUCCUUCGUCGAGUUGCGCAAUGUUUCCGUACGGCUGGACGCGCAGUACGAAGAAAAGGAUGAUCUGCUGUACGUGACUGAGCUCAGCGGUUCUAUACUGCUCGAGGACGCGAAGGUGAAGAUUGCCUCACUCUUCCCGAAAAGCGCAAAACUGAGCAAGAUUUGGAACAAGGCCAUCGGCAAAUCGCUACCGAUUUUGGUGGAGCUAUUCAAUGGUGGCAAACUGAAGAUCGAAUAUCUCAGCCGGUUGCUGAGCGGUGCCAAGUUCUACGCGAUGAACACGAUCAACAAUGCACUCAACACGCAUAACCUCAACUUUGACCGGUUGGUGGAAAGUAUGUUGAAAUUCGCCGACGGUACAUCCGAUUCCCUCCAGUGUGAAGAAUCUGCAGCGAUGAACGGAAACGAACUUGUUGGAUGGCAACGAGCAUAAAACAAACACACCGGAGCGCGAACUAUUAUAUAUGUUUUUGCUCGGGAAUCUCUUGCACAUUAAAGAUGCCCUAUGUAACCGACCUAUACGUACGUGCUGGUUUGCAGUAAGGGCAACGAUUUAUCCUAAUAAAAUAUUUACAGUAAUUAUCCGA